CUAUAGACAAUGUCUUCGGCAUUGGACUUACUGGAGAUGCGUCUGAAGACACUCGAGGAUCGGCUAUUGAGUCAACGAAACAAUGGCCAACAACAACAGUGUCUUACGGAUCAAUUGCUACAAAUCGAUGGCAAACUCAAAGAGCUAACCGCUGGCAAAGACAGGUUUAACAAUUGCUAUAAAAAAUGUCGCCAAUUGGACAAGUAUUUGGACACGGAAUACAUUGAUCGAUUGACGGCAACUGAUUCAUCAAAACUGGAACAAAUUGUCAACUUUGAAGACCAGAUCAAAGAAGAAUCAACAGGUUUGGAACGAGUGGAUCAAUUGUCUUCAGUUAUCGAUUUGCCACAUCUACGCGAUUUCGAUAAGUUUGACAAUAAACUCAAUGGUAUUCGUCUGAUUGGUUUAAGUCAGAGCCAGGAGUCGGCAAAGAUUGGCGAAAAAAGUAGACAAUUGCUUCUGACGUACAAUGAAUGGCUCGAUAAUAUCAAACAACAACUUCAGUACUGGGAUCAAGUGAUCACCGAUCUGGAGGUCAAACACAAGAGUCGUAAUAAUACUAAGCGAUCGUAA